CACACCACAUUCCCCGCUUCUCUCUCAGCCUGAAAAUCCAGACGCAAGUCAAUUCAUUCAUGCGUUUUCCGUGAUCAUUUGUGGAAUUUCACGGUGAUUUUUUUCUUGCAGACGCCGAGCAGCAUCAGUCUGACCGCGACGCUGCGUUUAUUUCUCGAAGCUACCCAGUAGAUGCUCUUUGCCUCACCAUGGCAACGGAAGAUAAGAAACCAGAGACGGACACCAAACCUCCAGUUGUACCAUCAGCAUCUGCCAGUCAAAGCAAGUCUGCACCUGCUAAGCCAAACUACAGCUUGAAGUUCACAUUAGCAGGCCACACAAAGGCUGUCUCCUCUGUCAAAUUCAGCCCGAGUGGAGAAUGGCUCGCCAGCUCAUCUGCUGAUAAACUCAUCAAAAUCUGGGGGGCAUAUGAUGGCAAGUUUGAGAAAACAAUCUCUGGACACAAACUUGGUAUAUCUGAUGUGGCCUGGUCCUCAGACUCCAACCUCCUGGUGUCUGCAUCUGAUGACAAAACCCUUAAGAUCUGGGAUGUCAACUCGGGGAAAUGCCUAAAAACGUUGAAAGGUCACAGUAACUAUGUAUUCUGCUGCAACUUCAACCCCCAGUCCAAUCUUAUCGUUUCAGGAUCGUUUGAUGAGAGUGUUCGGAUAUGGGAUGUGAAGACUGGGAAAUGUUUGAAAACAUUGCCAGCUCACUCUGACCCUGUUUCAGCUGUUCAUUUCAACAGAGAUGGCUCCCUGAUUGUGUCCAGUAGUUAUGACGGCCUUUGCCGAAUCUGGGACACGGCAUCAGGACAGUGUUUAAAGACACUCAUAGACGAUGACAACCCCCCUGUGUCAUUUGUGAAGUUUUCCCCCAAUGGGAAAUACAUCCUGGCUGCCACCUUGGACAACACACUAAAGCUGUGGGACUACAGCAAAGGAAAAUGCUUGAAAACAUACACAGGCCACAAAAAUGAGAAGUACUGCAUAUUUGCAAAUUUCUCUGUCACUGGUGGAAAGUGGAUCGUGUCAGGUUCUGAGGACAACAUGGUUUAUAUCUGGAACCUGCAGACAAAGGAGAUUGUGCAGAAACUCCAAGGCCACACAGAUGUCGUCAUUUCGACCGCCUGCCAUCCGACAGAGAACAUCAUCGCGUCUGCGGCUUUAGAAAAUGACAAAACCAUCAAGCUAUGGAAAAGCGACUGCUAAGCCUUUUGGGAUCUUUUGAGCCAUUCAUAUUUCCUUUUUUUAUAUAUAUUUUUUUCUACAUUUUCUUGUGAGAAAAGAGGACUUGUUUUCUAACAGAGAGCUCCUGCUGGGUGCGGAGGGCUUUUAGGUAAUGAAAUUCAGCAAGCAGAACCAAAUAAGACCCAUCAGGCACACGCAGUAUCAAAAACCAAGUCAGUUCUGCAGUGGAGGUUUUCCUUUUGUCACGUCUGAGAUAUUCCAUGUGUAUUAAUGUAACAGAUAAAAUUGUUGCUAUCAGUACUCUGUUCUGGUGCUACAGUAUUUCUAACACUGCAUUAACCCAGCAUCACUGCUUCAUACCAGCUCCCACAUAUGCUUCUCUGGUUCUUUCAUUAAUUAAAUGGUUGUUUGGCCUAUCUAAAACAUCUUAAGGCUUUAAUUUGUCUGUUCGAUAGUUUUAGUAGUUUCAGGGUCAAGAAGCUCUUCCCAUCAAGAUUUACCAGUAGCUUAAAGAGGAAAACGAAAUAUCCUUCAGUCUGUUGUAUAUUUAAAUGGCAUUUUCUAAUGUUUUUGAACUGUCACAAUGCCAGAUAUCAAAUUUAUUUGUCCUAUAAGAUGUAUUAUCUAAUUUUGCAUGCAUUAAAGGAGAGACUGACAAGAAUUUGAGGCUAAAGUAAGGAAAUAAGUGAACAAAGCAAGGUAUGAAAUGAUGCCAGAAGAACUUGAAAAUUGAAGUGUCAAGUUGAAGUCUUAUUGAGCACUGAAUUAAGCCUGCCUUCCAUCAAAAUUGUCUUCAAGUAUACAAUGGUGACCAAAUGCAGUUCUGUGUUGUAGGAUUUUUGUACAUAUUAUAUUGACAUGUAUUGUGACUUGAUUUUUUUUUUUUUUUUAUAACUGUUUUUUAUUUUUUUAUGUUCUCCUCUGCUUGAUUAGCUCAUGUUGUGGUUCUGCACACAAAGCUGGCAGCAAAUGUUCUCUCUAGUUACCCUGGAUUUAGUGACGUCUAUGUUUGCAUUUCACAGCUUUCACCUGAAACUUAAUAAAAAAAAACUUUUUUGUA